GAUAAAGCUGGAUGCCAGAACCUGGACGCGCCAACAUUUUUCUGGCGACUUGCCUGCUCAAGCCCCCGGCGUCGAGCAACAUCAUCCUUCGAGUUCGCCGCCCACGAUGGGCACCAAACCCUCAGGCGGAGGCCGCGGCGGCUCGACUCCCUUCGAUGCCGCCUCGGGUAGGCGAAAGGGUGCCUCUCCCGCUGCCAAUGGCCGGGGCGAUGCCUUGCAGCAGAAGCGGACAAAGCUGCACGCAGCGCGCAACGUCCCCGCGCAGCCCGCCGAUGCAGCGCUCAAGGAUGGCGAACUGGAUCUGCAAGCCUUCAUCGCCGCACGCGAGUUUGAAAUAAAGGCCUUGGAGCAGAGCAUGGCCACGUCUAAAGCCGUCAGCACAAGCCGCGCGUUCCAAAAGGUACCCCGCGGCCUGCGCCGGCGGACCGCGAGCCACAACCCGAAAAGGGUUCCCCGUCGACUCCGAGCUCGAGCGAAGAAGGAGAUGGCGGAGGAUAACACACCUGUUGUUGAGCCCAGGAAAAGGAAACCGAGGACUACCAAAGCACGAAUACGAGCCGAAACAGCCAAGCGCAUUGGCCUGCUGGCAGCGAGGCAACGUCGGGAGAAGCUGAAGCAGGCUGCGGACCCUUCACAACACGGCAAUACAGCCGAGACUCCAGGCGUCACGGGACGCAAGCCGAGACCUAAGAUACGGCGAAACCAAUUGAACGACCCGCCAAAGCCUCACGCCAAGUUUCGCAGGCGCCAGAUCAACAAGACCUGGCUCCCGACUCAUUUGUGGCAUGCGAAGAGAGCUCGAAUGACAGAGCCCAACAGUCCCCUUUGGCGGUUUGCGAUACCGCUGACCCCCAAUGAAAAGAUAUACCGGCCGACCCACCGAUCACAGGGCGAACGCGGCACAAUGCUUUGGGACAUGAGCUACAUGAGCACCAUCGGGCUGUACGGCAACAGUGCUGGCAUCGAAAGGGUGCUGAAAAGAGUCGGCUUACUGGAGGAAUCUUGUUGGAACGAGAAAGGCAGACGAUGGAGGCUGGGGACCAGAGCAUGGCGAGGCAUGCUCAGCAAAUCUGUGAGCGAUGGUCGACGCCAGAUUUGCCCAGCCAUCGUAGUGUGGAACCCCCAAACCCCGGGGCCCAGCGACGACGAGGGCUCAAAGAGGAAUCAAAGGCAGAUUUUCCUCAGGGUCCAUCCGUCGGCAUUCCUGGAGCUCUUCAACGAACUCUUGCGGCUCACCAAGAUGGAGAAUCCACGGCUAUAUAUCGAAGACCUCCGCUUCGAGAUCGGGAGCAUCGAGCUGACCGGCCCGGCAUCAACCGAAGCGUUGCUGGCGGUUUUAACCCCUUACUGCACCAGACAGAGUCCUAAAUCAGCUCACGGAACACUUUUCGAGUCCUUGAAGGGAUUAACAAACCCUGCCACUCUCCCUGCGAAUGCGCUUCUGAAUUUUUCUAUACAAGAUCCGCGACUACGAUACCCACCAAGGAAACUUCAAGUUCCCACAGACAGCCAGGCGCAAACAGACGUUCUUAAGAUAGUGGCGAACUGGCCGGCAGAUACAGGGCUCGAGCCUUCGGCCCUCUUCGACCGCGAUGCCCGACACACGGCAUCAAAUCUCCCAUCACAAAAAUCGAUCAACAGGCGGAAGGGCAAUGCGGCCGGUGGUUCUUUCUUGAAGCCCACAACGAGGGACCCUCCCAUUCCCGUCAUCCUCGUGGCGUCCCGGUCACUCUCGCCUACUCACACGCAGGGUACUUGGACUCUUCUCGCACCUUGGAAAUGCAUACUUCCACUGUGGUAUGGCUUGGUGCACGUACCCCUCGUAUCGGGUCUGAACCCUCGAUUCGGAGGUCUGCAUGAGGCUAUGCAGGUGGCGUUCGAGCGUGGGCUGCCUUGGUUUCCUGCCGAGUACAUUGCAACGGAUUCCGGCGUGGAGUGGGAGCUUGCGCAGCGCCAGAAGAGGAAGAGGGAAUGGGAAAGACGCCCAAAAAGCAAGAGAACGGAAUGGACAUCGCUCAACUUGGGCGCAGGAAGAAAAGGCGAGGUGGGAGACGGCUUGGCCUGCGACUUUGAGGUGCUCUUCGGCCUCUCCAAGGCACGGAGCGAAGACUCCACCUUGUCAGAAGGAGGCAUUGUGGAUGGCGACGCCAUGGAUAUUGACCGAGACAAGCCAGUGGUAUCGCACAACGACAAAGAGACGCACCCUCUCAAGCUCUUGCGACACGUGAGCAGGACAUCGUUCGAUGCCCUGAUCGCAUCACCCAUGACCUCCAUGGACACGUCAAACGCUAUCAUCAACGUCAGGCUAUCUCUUGUCGCCCGUGGAGUUGUCUCAACCUGCGCCAGGAUAUACCGACUUCCGUCAACGGCAUCCAAUGUUGCCAGUUCUGCCACAGCAGAAGUACCAUCGACGGUCCCGCCGAACGAUUCACACGUAGCCGCCCUUCCGCACGACCUACGGAAGCAAUGGCUUGCUCUCGCCGAUGUACCCUCUUUGAAAAGGAAAAAGGGUUCGAAACGGCCGUGGCCCUCGGAUAUGGAAGCCCGAAAGCGAGCCCUCGCGGAAGAACUCAUUAGGCCAUAUACGCCAUACCCCUCGGAGCCACCGAACCUACGCGAUGUUGGCGGCCACCCGCUGGUACCAGACGCAAAGGACCUGAUAGGGUUCGUUACUGCGGGAUCGUACUGCCUCACAGACGGCCGAGGUGCCGCCAUGGGCAGCCUAACCGCCGGCAAGGUGCUGGCGGAUGUAAGAGACUACGGAAAGGAAGGAAGGCUUUGCAUUGUAAGGAAUGCCGGCGAGAAUGUCGGCUGGAUCGCGCGGUGGGAUUUGCUGUAGCCCAUGCUUGAUAGCAAUGAUACCCCGUUUCCACGCAU